GUUAUAUAUAUAUCUUAUCGAAUUUUGCUGAACCUGUAUCAUAAGUUCGUCAAGAGAAAAUUGCUUUCAAAAUUCGAUCAAAGCAAAUGAAAUAAAAAUCUUUUCUUAUUAAUAAUAAAAAAUAAAUCGAAUAGUUUGUUGCGGUAUAUAUUUAAUAAAUCAUAAUGGGUAACGAAACAUCCUUGCCCAUGGAGAUGUGCUCCAAUUUCGACGCAGAUGAAAUCCGUCGGUUGGGCAAACGCUUUCGAAAACUCGAUUUGGACAAUUCUGGAGCACUCAGUGUCGAUGAGUUUAUGUCACUGCCAGAGUUGCAGCAAAACCCGCUCGUUCAACGUGUCAUAGAUAUUUUUGAUGCAGAUGGCAAUGGCGAAGUUGACUUCAAAGAAUUUAUUCAAGGCGUUUCACAGUUCAGCGUCAAAGGAGAUAAAUUGUCAAAACUACGAUUCGCGUUUCGUAUAUACGAUAUGGAUAAUGAUGGUUAUAUAUCAAACGGUGAAUUGUUUCAGGUACUUAAAAUGAUGGUAGGAAAUAAUCUCAAGGAUACACAAUUACAACAAAUAGUAGAUAAAACUAUAUGUUUUGCCGACAAAGAUGAGGACGGUAAAAUUUCGUUCGACGAAUUUUGUUCGGUUGUUGGAAAUACUGAUAUUCACAAAAAAAUGGUUGUAGAUGUUUAAGUUAAUGUAUAACAUGUUUAAUUUUUAUACAUUAAUUCAUGUCCUGUUUUGUAUUUUUUAAAACCAUGUUCUUAAUUCUUAAAUUUUUUUAAACUAACAUGAAAAAUUUUUUCCUCAUAUUAAAUAGAAAAUAUACACUUUAAAGUCUUUUUACAUGUGUAAAUGAAAAAAAAAAAAAAUAAAUAACUAAUAAAAAAAACAGAAAGUUCGAAAUAUAUAUUUAAAAAAUUCAAACUAACUCAGAAAUAUUACCAAAAUUAUUUGUGUUUGUCAAUCCUUCUUUCAUUCUGCCUUUAACAGACAGCUUUCUUAAGAAAAGUAAAUGAAAGAUGACGAUGUAAGACAUUAUUUAACUAACACAACUGAAACAAUUUCAAUACUUUUUUUUUCAUUUCUUAACACAAAAAAUAUCAAUUUAAAAUUAAAAAGCUAACAUUUUCUACUUCAACUUAAUAUUAAUAUUUAAGUAAUAAAAAAAGCUAUAAUAAAUUUUAAAGGAAAAAAAACAUUAGGAUCAUUAGAAGAAUUACAUAAAAAAUUAAUAAAUAAUUAUUAUAGUAUAGGAAAAGAAACUAACACUUUUUGUGUAUUCUCUUAAUACAAUGCAUGUUAAAAUAAAUUUAAAAAAAAUACUGUUAUACCUCUCCCGUUUUCCGCAACUUGUUUUCUUUCAAAAUUCGAAUGUUUUAUUUUAUAUGUCAUAUUGAACAAUCAUAAAAUGAAUACUUUUAUAUUUCUUGCAUUUUUUGUAAAUUGUAAAAAGAGUAAAAAUUAUUUUAUAUGUAAACUCUAGUCAACGUGAAUUUUUAAAAUCCUUUUUACUGUCAUAAGUUUUUUUUUUUUUAUUUGCCAUAUUUAAUGUUAAUAGAGAAAAAAAGAAUAAAUAUUUUUACAUAUGUAUAUUUUUUUUUAAUGUGAAGAUAUAAAAAACUAUUCUUGUUUUCGUUUUUUUGUUUCUUUUUAUAGCAAUUCAAACAAUAAUACAAAACUUUUAUUUGCGUACGUAUUUUUUUUUUAAUUUCCGGCCCUUUUGUGGAUGAAAACUCAACAAAGUUGUUUUGACUUAUAUAAACCACUCAAAACAAAAUAGGGUCCAUCCAAGAUUUAUUUUGAAAUAAGCCUAAAAUUUACUUAAUUGCUUAACAUUGUCAAAGCGAAUCAAUGCAUAGUAGAGUUUCAAUGUGCAUGAACACUUGUCACUGCUUUGAACAACGAUUUACCGUACAUACACACAUGUAAGCUCUACAAUGCAUUGAUUCGCUUUUUUCAAUUAAGUAAUUUUUUAAGGCAAAUUUCAAAAUAAAUUUUGGGGCCGUAUUUUUUCAUCUUGGUUGGUUUCGAGAAAAGAAAAAGACAAGCAACGCAAGGUUAAAUUCUCGCAGGGACAACUCAAUUUAGUUGCGUUGUAAUGCAUAAUAUGUCCUUUAUUUUUGUAUUUGAAAAAUUCUCAGAUAUUUUAUUAGUUUUCAAUUUUGAAAAUUAACAGAAGUAUGUACAAAUCGCCUCUACGGACAUGAAGAACGUCAUAUACAAGUGCAUUUCUUUUUAUUCAGAAAUUGAGUUAAAAAUGGUAAUAUGUAUGGCGGACAUGCUCGUAGCCCCUCUAGAUUUCAAACUGCAAUUCCGAGACACAAUAAAUAUAAAUUUAAUGGAUGUAAGGUCCUAUUCUAAACAAAGUUGUUUCAUAUUGUUAUAAAUACUGUUAAUUUUUCUUGUGUGUUGAUCUAUGCUCAUUGUUCUUUCUGGGACCUGUUCAUUAAUAAGAAAAACUAUAAAACAAAAAUAUAUUUUUGGCAUACGAAUUUUUCGUUAAAACCACCGAUCGAUAAAACAAUUGUCAUGUUCAGAUCAGAGGUAUAGCAUGUUAUUUCAUACAUACAAGACGAGUUCAUACAUGA